AUGACUCCUCAUCAACUUAUGAACAAUCAUUUGUGGUGGAAGGGUCCACAGUUUCUUCAACAAGUUACUGUUGAACUUAGUGAUGAAAGUAACAUUCCUACUGAUGAGGAAUAUUUUCAUGAAUUGAAAGGAGAGACUAAUAAAACUAAUUUUAAAACACCUAACUUUGGUAGCUUAUCGGAGGCAGGUGUCAAUUCCUUCAAAUACCAUCUCAAACGUGUUGUUGGAGUUCCAAAGUUAAGAUACGAGGAAUUUACUAUUCUGCAUCAGAUCGAAGGAAUUUUGAAUUCCCGUCCUAUUAUUCCUUUGACUAGUGACAUGGACGAUCUGGAAAUUCUGACACCUGGACAUUUUCUCAUUGGUCGGCCAAUCACAUCCAUUGUUGAACCCAAUUUAACAAACACGGCAAAUGGAUUGAAUUUAUGGCAAAGAACAUCAAAGAUGGUACGACAUACGGAAAAGAUGGCAAAAUAA